AAGAACGAGGUGAUGAGCAGCCAGCUGGACGUGGACAACAUGGCCGGCGUCUUCUACAUGCUGGGGGCGGCCAUGGCUCUGUCGCUCAUCACCUUCAUCGCCGAGCAUGCCUUCUACUGGCAACUGCGCUUCUGCUUCAUGGGCUACUGCACGGGCAAGCCAGGCUUCGUCUUCUCCAUCAGCAGGGGCAUCUACAGCUGCAUCCACGGGGUUCAGAUCGAGGAGAAGAGCAGCUCAGCUCUCGACUCUCCAUCGGUCACCAUGAACAACACCCAAUCCAACAUCCUGCGUCUGCUCCGAACCGCUAAGAACAUGGCCUCCCUGUCCGGGGUUAACGGCUCGCCUCACAGCGCCCUGGACUUCAUCCGUCGUGAGUCAUCUGUCUACGACAUCUCCGAGCACCGCCGCAGCCUGGCAGGUCACUCGGACUGCAAGCCUCCAUACUUGCCGGAGGAUAACAUGUUCAGCGACUACAUCAACGAGGUGGAGAGGACGUUCGGGAACCUCCACCUGAAGGACAGCAACCUGUACCAGGACCACUACCUGCACCACCACGGAGGCUCUGCCCUGGGGCUCAGCGGCCCGCCACUUAACAGACCCCACAGCCUGGGCAGCAACAGCUCUCUGGAAGGGGGCAUGUUUGACUGUGACAGUUUAGGUGGAGGAGUGGCACCCAUCUUCACCACCCAGCCACGCUCUGCCCUGACCCACAGGAACAUGAGUAAGUUUGACCUGAUUGCCAGUCAGAACCCACCCUCCGGGCCGGGCUUCAAAUCGGGACUGUCAGACCUGUACGGAAAGUUCUCCUUCAAGGGAGGGGCCUCUAGCUCAGGUUACAUCCCCGGGCACGACAGGUACUGUGGGGGAGGGGGCAGAGAGGAUGACGGAAACAUCCGUUCAGAUGUUUCAGACAUCUCCACUCACACGGUCACCUACGGGAACCUGGAGGGCAACGCUAAAAAGCGUAAGCAGUAUCGCGACAGCCUGAAAAAGAGGCCCGCCUCGGCCAAGUCGAGACGAGAGCUGGAUGAGAUUGAGCUGGGCUACCGGAGAAAGCCCUACCACACAGGCUACCACCACUACCAUGGCCACCGCUCCUCCUCCCCGCCCCUACUGGCCUCCGAACGCAAAAGAGGAGGAGGCGGCAAUGCAGGGAGCACAUCCUACCUGUUCCGUGACAAAGAGAGUGUGAGGGAUUUCUAUUUGGACCAGUUCCGCCCCAAAGAUGGUGUCCCCCAAUGGGAACAUGUGGAUCUGACAGACGGUCCUGGAGGGGGGGGUGGAGGCGGCGGGGGGAACUGUACAAGUUUGGUGUCAGUGGACGACUUCCUGAAACAAAAUAAACCCAAGAAAUCAGAGUCUAAGAGUGGGGGCGGCACAUCAGGGGCGGGGUUGGCAGGAGGAGACUGGGAGUGUCGAAACUGCCGUGCCAGCGGAGGAGGGGUCAAGCAGAUGUCAAUGCAUGGCAGCGGGGCGGGGGAGAGGGGAGGCGGGUACGGUGGAGGGGUUAGUUGUGGAUCCUCGGGGGGUGGAGGGAACAGCCGUCCCAGCUCUGCCACCUGCAUGCGCUGCGAGGGCUGCAAAAAGACAGGCAACCUGUACGACAUCAGUGAGGACAACAACCACCUCUUGGAACAGAUGGGGGGUGGGAAAGGCGGAGGCAUGGGGGCUGUGGGGUUAAGUGGAGGUGCCCAGCCUCAAUCUCAAGCCCAGCGUAGGAAAUCUGCCGGCUUUGGAAAGCCCCUCCGACGGCAACACUCGUGCGACACCUUCGUAGACCUUCAGAAAGAGGAGGCAGUCGGAGUCAGGGGGGUCAUGGGGGAUCUAGGAGGGGGCGGUGGGGGCAUGGGGGGUGCAGGAAUGAGCGGGAUGUUGCCUCCACCCAGAAGUGUUAGUUUAAAAGAGAAGGAGCGCUAUAUGGAGGGUGUUAGCCCCUUCGCCCACAUAUUUGAGAGGCAUGGAGGCUCAGAGAGGGAGAAGGAGCGAGACAGAGACCCUCUGUUCUACGGUGGUGAGAUGGCCAAAGAAGCAGGGUCGCCGUUUGGCUUGUUCCGAGGUGGUGAGGGCCUUCACCGCCGCUCAGUGGGGGAAAGGGACAUGAGGGACCGAGAAAGAGCCAUGAUGGAGGGCGGUGGAGGAGGAACCUACUCCUUAUCCAAAUCUCUCUACCCGGAUAGGGUCAACCAAAACCCCUUUAUUCCAACCUUUGGUGACGACCAGUGUCUCUUGCAUGGCGCCAAACAAUACUACAUGAAAAAGCAACAACAGCAGCAGCAGCAGAUGCCCCCAAAAAACAGCCGAAGUGACUUCCGGGGCUCCGUGGGUUUGACAUCUUUCUUGCCAGCGACUGCCACUGCUGGGGUCAUGUCCACCGUGGCCCCCAGGUUCCCUAUGGACCUGUGUCUGGGAGGGAACCUCCACGGCUCCACGCUGGGUGUGGGGCCAAUACAGCGCCCGUUCAAUGGCAGCAACGGGCACGUGUACGAGAAACUCUCCAGCAUAGAGUCAGACGUGUGAGAGAGGAGACUGGGUGGGGAGGCAUGGAGGGAGAGAGGGAUGGCAUUAGUCCCGGGAAGUCAGGGAUGAUGAGGCACUACUGUCCACAUUGCAACCGCAACACUUUUAACAAGGAAGGAGAACAGUCAGGGAAGAGAAGAUUAACGACAGAAUGGUGAAAAUAUUUGACAGAAGAGAGCAGGGUGAGUUAGAAGGGAAGAUGGGGACAUUCAUGCCCUGUUAUUUUGUUUCAAAACAAUGAAUACAAGAGGUGACACGUGGGUAGGGUUAUGUUAACUCUAUUAUUUAUUUGGCCCUUGCCAUCAAUACACUCAAAAAGAACACAAAAGUGACACCUCUGAAUGUGAUAUUGCAGGUUUGAGCCAAAUGGCUUACAGAGUCACACCUACAGAGUGAUUAUGAGAAGGGAAUGUGAGUGAGUAGGGAAGUGUCCAUCUGGUCAAGUGUUAUUAAAGAAAGGAGAUGUUGUCAUGACUCAUGUUGAUGAUAGCGUCCGAAAAUGAGUUUUUUGGAAGACGAUGGCCGUGUUUACCCCCUGCACUAACUCUCCCUCUUUUUGCAUCUACACUCUUAGAGAAAAGGGUUCCAAAAGGGUCAUGUGGCUGUCCCCAUAGGAGAACCCUUUUUGUUUCCAGGUCGAAUCCUUUAUGGUUCCAUGUAGAACCCUCUGUAGAACAGGUUCUAGCUGGAACCUAAAGGGUUUUGUACCUGUAACCAAAAACGAUUCUUCAAAGAGUUUAUGGGGACAACCGAAGAAUCCUUUAAGGUUCUAGAUAGCACCUUUUUUUUCUAAGUGAGAUGUUCUGCUCCCUUACACCCAAACAACUGUCUUUGACUCUUGUUUGUUAUGAUAAUUCAAUCAUAAAUGAAAAUAAGAUAUUCUUACUGAAAUAACAGGGUAAAACAACAAUAAUGUUAUUAACAUUGUGAUUAACAAAAGUGAUAUUAUGAAGUGCUUAUGACAUUAGGUUUGGUUUAUGUUCCUUUGAUAUUUCAAUACGGUUUAAUAUUUGUGGUUAUUUCUUUGUCUGCCCGAUGGUGGCAGGAAGCUUGUUAUCUAAUUCAACUAACAAGCCUGAAGGACUGAGUGAAAAGUCAUUAGGUCUCUUGUUUUUGUUUUAAUGAUAUACAGCCCAUGCUCAUUCCUUCAUUUGCUGUUUUUAAAAUGGUUGCGGAAAGGAUCUGGAAGACCUCAUUUGCUCAGUACUGAGCGGUUCUUCUUUGUUUGAGGUUUCAAGAGAUUUCACACCCUGUUUCUGAACUUUUGUUGGUCAACAACUGUGAAAGACGUGUCUUGCCAUGAAGCAGAUGGCUGAAGAUACUGACUGAAGGACGAGCCUUAAAGGACUCCAGAUGAUGUGCACCCCAGAGAGCUCAGCAGGGCGUGAUGUAACAGCACGAUACGUAGUGAACAAGGUGUUAAGAUGUGUACGAUAUCCACUUGUCUCGAAGGAAGAAACGUGCUGCUCUGAAACCAAGUCAUUAUUUACAGAUGAGAGACUGUGGUGUGUUUCAAGACAAUAACAUGUUUGAAUAACUAACACUUAACUUGAUGUGGACAUUAUUACACAGACAUUAAAAUACCAUCGGAAGUGCUUCAUAAACCUGUCACAGGUCCAUACUAAAGAACACCACACAUACUGUCAGACUGCUGUGCCUCAUCUAACAAGCAUUUGAUCAACCCUUUUGGAUUCAGGUUCUUAGAAAACAGCCAGCCGCCUCCUAGGCUCACUUUUUAACACACCACUUAUCUCGUAAAACCCGUUGCGUUCACUCUCUGAAGUUAGGAAGGUCCAUACAGGCUUAUGAGACACGUUGAAGAAGCAUUUGUGAAUGCAGUUUUACUUCACGGCAGUCAGAGUGUGUUUAAUGUGUAUUAUAGGCGUAUGCUCUGUAAUUCUAAAUUGAACUCAAAUCCUCUUAAAAGAUGUUGUUGCCCACAGAAGAUGGUAAUGGUAUUGAUGAACGGCUGAAUGUAAGUCGUGAGGAUGUCUCCAAAUGGGACAUUCCUCCUCAGACUGAGGCAGUUAGACGGAGGAUGUCUUGAGAAUGCUCACGCUGUACGCUUUGACAGAUGUUGACAGUCCUUUUAGCCUGAGACCUCUAUAUUGCACGGAAUCCCCCCCCCCCCGGGUUCAGACUUUCUGAAAUACAUGCCUUAUCACAUGAAACUGACUGAUGACACAAGAUAUUGUACAGCAUAUGAGCCUUUCAGUUAUUGAAAGGUUUUGUCUUCAAUUAGUAUGAGGUGUCAUUAGUUCAAGGGCUGCAGGAAAUUGUGUUUCAGUGCUGAAUGGAGAUUGAAGGUGCUGAGGGAGUAGAUUGCGCUGAGUCAUUCCUACUUCCAAUACGAUCAGACUGCACCUCUGUAAUAUGGAGAUGGAAGAUGGAGGGGAAAUGAUUGAGUGACAACAGCUGUUUUCCUAAACCUGUUGAUAACCUAUUCAUUUAUUCAGUACCGACUUCUCUCUCCAUACUAUUAAGAUGAAACCCAUCAAGUUAGCCUUAAAUCAAACUGAGUCAACACCCCCUGUGAAUUACUUCACAAAUGGAUGGGUAUCUUUGGACUUUUUAUAUACACAUAUUCUGGAUGGUCGUCCAGUAUCAGCAACGGAAAAGCAGAGGAAGAAAUGAGAGUUAUUAUCAAUCAACGUCAGCGUUAGUAUGUUAUCUUUUUUCCCUGUAAAUACAUUUUUUAACUAUUUUCCCUUUGUACAGUAGGCAGACAGUCAGGAUGUAAAUUUCAAUAUGUUUUACAACAAUUUAAGAAAUAAACAAAAUGGUAAUAAAAACAUAAAAAUACAAAAACUAAAAUAUGCAAAAUAUAGUUAAGACAAAUAUGAUUAAUAAUGAUAAGUGACAUGAUUGAACCUUUUAUUUGCUUUAAAUCUCAUAUUUACUUCAUUACAAAAGUUCACCAAUAAAUAGAAUUAUUAUUUUAAGAAUAUGCUUUUUUCCUAUUUUCAGUAAAGUGUUGGAAAUGAGGAUAAUUUAGUGUAGACGUUUGGUGAUAAGGGAGAACGUUUAGUUUAAGAGUCUUUGCUAAGUUUCCCUUGAAUUGUGUUAGAUUCUUUUUAAGAUAGGCUACUCUUCAUGCUUUACGGGAUACACACAAUUAUCUAUACGUUUAUGUAAUACAAUAUCACAUGUAUACAUACCAGUAGAUGGCUUUUGCAUAUAGAGACUGUAUAUUGUGAUCCUUCAUUUAAGCAAUCCUCAUAGAUUAAGUAAUUGACUGCAAGAUCAUUUGUGUUAUGUUGCCCUUUAUUCAACUGGGAUCUGAUGCCGACUGCACUGGUGUUGAUAGAGCCUACACUACGCAGGACUGACUCUUCCUCCUCAUUCUGUGUAUCUUUAAUAAGGAUAAUACUGAUAUCUUCAGUGAUACGUGUUCAGUAGCACUGGGCACAAAACAUUGGACUUUUCCCAGUGUUGCUCUCAUAAUAACAGAGGAUGGUGGUGCAGAUGGGGUCAAAAGGAAAUGGAAAUGCAGUUUUUCAACCCUUUAUAGAAUGAUGAAAUGUUUCUCAUCCAUGUCACCUAAACAUAAUGUGCAGAUGGUUAGAAAUGAAGGGUGAAUCAAGUAAGUCAAGGCAAUGAGUUGACAUCAUUAUGUUCAUUUGGGUUCUUGUCAGAGAAAAAAAUGAUAUCCUUUGUGAUGUAUUUAUCCUUGAUCAAAUCUCCACUGUGUGUCAAACUGUUUGGUAUGCAUGUGUGAGGAGAUAUAUAUGUUGUCUAAGCCAUUGUUUUAUUUAUCUGCUAGUUUUUGUCUGAGCAUUAUUGCUUUCAGUAACUUUCAAUUUGUUUAUUUUCCAACUUUUGGGGAGAAAUCAUUUUAGCUUGGCAUUUCUCAUUCAAAUGGAUUCAUGUCUAGAGGGUUUUUUCUGAAAGUUGAAAUUGAAAGAUGUGUUUUCACUGCACUCUGUUUGGGUCUGCAUAUUUUUGAUGCAACUCAUGUUGAUUUUACUCAUCGCAAUAAACUGCAUGAUCCCUUGGAGUGUUUGUGUUGGAAUCUACUGGUGUGUUGAUUAGUCUUGAAUGGAAGAAUCCCUUUAAAUGUACGGGCAAACAUUGUGAUAAGGAUGGUCAGGAACUCUUCUUGAAAAUGGCACUCUGGUCUUAACUGUUUUUUUCACUGGUUGGACAGGGUGGAAUAAACUGAUACUGUCGUACAGGCUGUCGUACCCUUUACCACAACUACUCUACGGACAGCAAGUGCAGCAAGUGAGAAACAGCAAGCAGUGUUUUUUCCCCAAGGCCUUGUGGUCCCAGUUCCACUCUGCACAAGCAUGUCAGUACACAUACACAUUUGUUUAAAUGGGGUAUGAAGCUAAAUGCAAUGUCACAUCAGCCAAAGCAAGGAAAUGCUCUGCCAUGGUAGUGGACUGUAGAACAGGCCGAUGCUAUUGGGUGGAUACUCCAGCUGGAACACAUUUAUCUAUUAUGAUAACAAACAUCACUACAUCUACAACACUGGUUUAUUCCUGUAUUUCAAAGUUGAAUAAACAACACUGGUUUCAUUGUGUUUUUAUUAUAAUAUUUUGCCAAUUGAUGAAAAGGACUUUAAUUUGUAUUACAAUAUAAACGUUGAUAGUAAUAGUAUUACAAUCAUUACAUUGUGAACACAGUGAUUGGUUACAGGCCUAUUAAGGAUUAACAUUGCAACUUUAUGCAUUUUUUGUUGCGCUCUCAUUUCUUGUAGAUUGAAUGAAAGUGGUGCACUGUGUGUGUUUGUGUGUGUAUGCUCGAAUGGUUGAUCAGUUGUGGGCGCGUGUUUAUUUCAGCAUAUAACAUGUACAACGGUUUGAUUUCCUUUUGUCUUCAUGAUUAAGAUACAUAACAGGACACAUGUUAUAGUAAUGUGGGUAACAUUGGUUAAGGGGUUGUUGCAAAAUGUAUUUUAUAAAAAAUAUUCAUUGCUGAGAGUGUGUACAGACAGCCUGAGUUUUAGGGCAAGUUUGUGAUCUUUCUUUACCGAAGCUGAAUAUCCUGAUUGAAUUAACCAUGAGUAGGUGAAAUGUAACAUGAAUAGUAUCAACUGUAUACAUGUUAUUGUAGGCCAUUAUUUCUCCUUUUGUGGCCCUUUCUUUGAAGUGUUACACCAUUUUUACACCAUUAUACAAACAGAAAAGUAUAUACAAAUAAAGAAUUGUACAGAUUGUGUAAAUAUGAAUAUUGGAGAAAACAUUUAAACUCAUUCCUUCAUUUUUUUUGUAUGGAAAUGAUUCAAUUAACCACAAGAACAAAUGAAUAAAGUCAUUGGAUAUUUGCACAAAAAGAAAUCAUCAUGGUACCUCUAAUAAGGAUAAUACUGAUAUCUUCAACGAUAAGUGCUAAAAUAUGACUUAUUUCUCUUUGUACAUGAUGAACAAAAAUUACGUGUUGAGUAUUAAUUAAAAAAAAUGGCAAUCUCACAAA